GUUUUCAUUGCUGUGGUUGUUUAGAUUUCUGUUUCUCCAUCUAAAUUCCAAUUUCCCCUUCCUUACCUAACCUUUCGAAAACAAAAACCCCCUCUUCUCCCCUCUUCUCUGUUUCAUUCUUUCUUUCCAAUUUGCUUUGCUUUUCUGUGUAAUUCUCUUGGUGAUCAAGAAGAAAAUGGAUACGUUUUUCAUAUCACAUGGAUCACCAACACUUUCAAUAGAUGAUAGUUUACCAGCUAGACAUUUCCUGAAAUCAUUUCAAGAGAAAAUCUUCCCAGAAAGACCCAAAUCAAUUCUCAUCAUUUCAGGUCAUUGGGAGACUGCUGAGCCUACUGUAAACAUCGUCAAGGUGAACGAUACCAUCUACGAUUUCUAUGGAUUCCCCAAACCUAUGUAUCAGCUGAAAUACCCCGCCCCUGGUGCACCGGAACUGGCGAAUCGAGUUAAGGAGUUGUUGAAGAAUAGUGGGUUCGAACGAGUAAAUUCUGACAAAUCGCGUGGAUUGGAUCAUGGAGCAUGGGUUCCUCUCAUGCUAAUGUAUCCGGAGGCUGAUAUCCCGGUUUGUCAGCUUUCUGUUCAGAUGGAGGGCAAUGGAGCACAUCACUAUAACAUGGGAAAGGCAUUGGCACCAUUGAGAGAUGAAGGUGUGCUCAUAAUUGGGUCAGGAAGUGCUACCCACAACUUAAGGUCAAUCAAUCCUAAUGGACCUCGCCAUGUCCCUUGGGCGCGUGAGUUUGAUUCUUGGCUUAAAGAUAGUCUCUUGAAUGGAAGGCAUGACGAUAUCAAGGAGUAUGAGAAGGUAGCACCAUAUGCGAAAAUGGCACACCCAUCGCCCGACCACUUUUAUCCAUUGCAUGUAGCGUUAGGAGCAGCUGGUGAAACUGCAAAAGCAGAACUUAUACAUCGCAGUUGGAGUUUUGGUACCAUGUCCUAUGCCUCUUAUCGCUUUUCUACAUCGACUUCUACUUCUGCUUGAUUAGUUACGCCAUUUCUGCGGCAACCCAAGCUGAUCUACGGUAGAUUCAACUUCAGUACUAGUAUAACCCGGAGAACCGGACAUGAGAGUUUCUUCUUCUCAUCCAGCUCCUCGCAAAUGAUAGUGUUGUUCAAGAUAUGAUGAUCUUACAGGUCCUAGCGCCUUAUGCUGGUGUGUUUACAUGUUGUGUAUAUUUAUUGUAUCAUUUGCUAUGCUGCAUAAAUGUAAGAGGAUUUGUUCAUGUGUUUCUUCUACUCGAUGAUUAAAUUUCCUUCUUUGGGUUUGGGGUCAAAAA